UGUCAACAUGGCGACGAGAUGUUCACAUUAUAUUCGUAAAUGUGCUUUGUACACUCCUUGCUGCRGUAAAAUAUACGCAUGUAGGAUAUGCCAYGACGAAAAUGAAAACCACGAACUUAACAGAAAAGCCGUGCAGAAAGUCCAGUGUACCCAAUGUGGUCAUCUACAAGGAAUUGUCAGCCAUUGUUCAGAAUGUUAUAUCAGAUUUGGAUUUUAUUUUUGUAAGGAAUGCAGGCUUUAYGACGACUCAGAYAAAGGGCAGUUYCACUGCGACCAGUGUGGAGUUUGCCGAGUUGGAGGCAGGGACAAUUUUUUUCAUUGUGAUAAAUGUGAUAUAUGUGUUUCCACGGCYUUAAAAGCUACUCACACUUGUUUGGAAAGUGCUUCACGAACGAACUGCGUGAUUUGUUUAGAAGAUUUACACUCAUCAAGAGAACCUUGUCAGAUUUUAAAGUGCGGUCAUUAUCUUCACCAAAAAUGUUAUCGAGACUGUUUGAAAUGUUUUUUUACUCGUUGUCCAUUAUGUGCCAACACAAUGACUUGAUCAAGACACAAUAUAAUUAAAUAUAUUAGCUGGACUAUCUGACAACCUGGUUGGACAAUAAUAGGAAUGGUAUUCAAAGCUUUUUGUACAUAUUGGAAAACAUUUGACUCAACAAUAUCGAGUUGACCACGACAAGAGUAUCAUGGAGAUCAAGAAAUAAGUAAAGAAUAUUUGAACACAAAGGAUUGGUUACAACCUGGUUGGACAAUAAUAGGAAUGGUAUUCAAAGCCUUCCGUACACAUUAGAAAACUUUACACUCAACGAAUUUAACCAUGACAAGGGUAUCAUGGAGAUCAAGAAAUAAGWAAAGAAUAUUUGAACACAAUAAAGGAUUGUUUCCAUCGGUUGUCAAGAUGAAAUGUGAAGAUAUAGAUUAUACAAAGGUGAAACAUUUUCAARCCUAACUGUACAUGCAKUUCACCCAUAACCUAUAGGAAGAUGCCUUCUCUUGGAAGCAUUAUCAUUGAAACAUUCAUACUAAAGAUAAGAGACACAKUGAUGUUUGUGAUUAGCCAGAUASAUACAUGCAUCAUUAAUAGAUAAAGCACAAWAACAGUGAUUUUGAUAUUCACUGUAGAUARAAAUCAAGCAAAGAAAAUGUUAGAAUGUUAGCCUGUGUACAUGCAUCUGUUUCUUACYCCUCACAAAARGGGUGAGAAACGGAYRUACACAGGCUAAGAGAAUGUUAAAAAUGCUGUAAAGAAUCAAUGAAGAGGACCAAUUUUCCUCAAUCAAGAAUCUGAGCAAAAAUGUUGCUGACAUAUCAGUAGGGGUUUUCAUUUUUUGUUCUAAGAAAUUCAAAAAUUCAAUCUGUAAACAAUUAUUUUUGAAAUAAAAAAAGUUGUUUUGAAA